UACGCCCGACUAUACAUUUAUUCUUGUUUUUUUAUUAAAAAACAAACAAAAUAUCCUGGUAUUUUACUUGCAAUUGCCAUAAUUAAACAUAUGAGUGCAAAGACAAGAAACGGUUUAAAAAAGUAAGACUGUCCAAGCGCAUUUGGAGCCGGGAAUGGCUACUACGGCGUUAUACCGGAAAGGAUAUGUCGCAUAUUGCUAUAAAGGAAUUGAAACUGGAAGACCCAAAAAGCUUUAGAAAUUUUCCAAGAAUGUCAAAGAAAUCAUUUGAAGAUUUGUUACAGCUUAUUGGACCCAUAAUUUAUAAGCAAAACACAAAUAUAAGGGAAUUAAUUUCAGUAACAACACGGUAGGCGAAUUUACAAAUUAUUGAUCUAAAAACUAACCUCUAUUUUAAUUUUUCAGACAUUAAAUAACAUUACGUUUUCUUGCAAACUUAUCUUAUGGAUUUCGUGUUUCAGUGCCUGCAAUAUGUGAUAUAAUUCCCGAAACCGCAAAAGAAAUACAUAAUGCUUUACAUAAUAAAUACUUAAAAGUAAGUUUGCAUGGUUUAAUUAAGGUUCCUAAAACUACUUCCGAGUGGAAAAUAAUUGCUUAAAACUUUUACCACAAGUGGAAUUUUCCAAUGUGUCUGGGUGCAAUUGAUGGCAUUUAGACCAAAAUCGGCAGAUGGUUACUACUAAGGAUUAAAUAGCAUUAUAUUGAUGGCGGUAGUGGAUGCCAAUUAUAGGUUUAUUAUGAUAGAUGUUGGAACAAACGGCAGGGUCAAUGAUUCUGCUGCAUUCAAUGCAUCAGAAGUUGGUGAUGCAAUAAAGGAAAAUUUACUAAGUUUUCCGGAAAAUUACACUCUUCCUGGAUCUAAUAUAAAGGUUCCCUAUGUGUUUGUAUCGGAUGAUGCAUUUCGUUUGACAUCUAGGAUUUUAAAACCAUACAGCCAAAGACAGUUGCAGGAGAAUAAAAUUGUCAACUACCGUUAAUCAAGGACAAGACGUGUAGUUGAAAACACAUUUGGAAUCCUAUCCAACAGAUUUCAAUUUUUGCAACGUGAAAUAAAUUUGUCUAUUGAAAAAGUAGAGUUAUUAACAUUGGCUUUUUGUGCUCUUCAUAACUUUUUGUGCAGAGAAGGCUAUGCCGAGUCUAUUGAGUAAUCUAUUGACUAUUCUAUGCAUUAGUCAUCUAUUGAUUAGACUAUGUGUUAGUCUGAGUAAUUUAUUGACCAGACUAUGUAUUAGUCUAUUGAGUAAUCUAUUGACUAGGUUUUGUAUAAGUGUAUUGUGUAUUGUAUCUAUUUACAUACUAGUCUAUGUAUUAAUCAACACAUAGACUAGUCAAUAUAUUAGUCAAUUGACUAAUACAUAGAAUAGUCAAUAGAUUAUUAAAUAGACGAAUACAUAUAUUAGUCAAUAGAAUACUCAUAGUCUAGUCAACAGAUUAAUCAAUAGACUUAAUACAUAGAAUAGUCAAUAGAUUAUCAUCUGUCGUCCGUAAAAGAAAUACCCUGCCAGCAAAUUUGAGUUUAAUUUUGAAAUGAAAUGAACUAAAUUUACACUAUUUAGGCUCAACUUCAUGUUUCUCAGUGCUAAAUAAAAAUAUUUACAAAAACAAAAUACAUUAUUUUCUAAUUUUUAUCGCAUUUUUGUAAAAUAUA